GUAGUGAUUGAAACAUUUGAUUUGUAGUGAAAUUUUCUGGUUCUAGAUUGAAAGCAGAUCAACGACAAUGAAUCCUUUGAGAACUGUUUGCCUUUUAAUGGGCAUUUUUGCUUUGGCUUGUGCCAAUAGUGGACCCAAAUCCAUGAACUCCAUGUACUCCAGUAGAAAUUCCAUUAAGAACAGUUUGAAACCAACCGAUUGGUUAUCAACAUCCGAAUUGGAAUCCUUGCCCUCUUUGAAUGAACUUUCUUUGGAGAAAUUGGAACGCAUGUCGGUGGAAGAAGGUGCUGAUUUGCUUAACAAGUUGUAUCACUUGACCCAAGUCAGCGAAAAUUUUGAACCCAGCUUUGCACCCAAGCCUAGUGAAAUUCAAGCCCAAUUGAUCACUCCCAACAACCAGAAAAUCAACUUUAAAUUGAAUGAAUUGCCCAAAAUUGCCAAGGAACAAAAGGAAUUCGGCGAACAGGAAGUCACCAUCUUCAUUACUGGCCUACCCCAAAAAACCGAAACCAUCAAGAAGGCCACUCGCAAAUUGGUGCAAGCCUAUAUGCAACGUUAUAAUGGCGAUGCUCCCGAACCAUCCAACAACAAAUAUGAAGACGACUCCAGUGAGAAGAGAAAUCCCAGCUCCAGCGAAGAAGAUUAUUCCACCUCCUGGAAGAGCAAGUCCAACAAACCCUCUGGCAGUUUGGUGGUUAUUGAUUUGGGUUCUUCCAUGCCCAACUUCAAGGCUUACACUACUUUGGAUGUUGAACAGACUGGUGCCAAGAUAGGCGAUGUUUUGGUACAACUUACCGACAAGGCUGAUGUUGCCCAAGAAACAAUUCAUGUGAUUGGCUCGAAUAUUGGUGCUCAUGUUGCUGGUGCUGCUGCCCGUCAAUUUACCCGUGAAACAGGUCAUCAAUUGCGUCGUGUCACCGGUUUGGAUCCCUCCAAAAUCUAUGCCAAGAAAAGCCAAUCUUUGACUGGUUUAGCCCGUGGUGAUGCCGAGUUCGUCGAUGCCAUCCACUCCUCAGCCUAUGGUAUGGGUGCUCCUACUCGUUGCGGUGAUGUUGAUUUCUAUCCCAAUGGUCCUAGUGAUGGUGUUCCCGGUGCCGACAAUGUUGUGGAAGCUUCCAUGCGUGCUGUCCGUUAUUUCGCCGAAUCCGUUGUACCCGGUAAUGAACGCAACUUCCCUGCUGUAGGUGCCACCUCCCUCAAGGAAUACAAGAAUCAAAACGGCAAUGGCAAGCGUGUUUACAUGGGCAUCAGCACCGAAUACGAUGUUGAAGGUGAUUUCGUCUUACAAGUCAAUGCCAAGAGUCCUUUUGGUCGACAGACACCAGCCCAAAAACAACAAAACUACCACAGCAUCCAUAAACCCUGGAAAAUGUCUUCUCGUGAUUACUAAAUGAUAUUUGUUCAUAGCUAUCUUUUUUUAAACAAUUCUAUCUAAUGUUAAGUAGUGAUUUCUGUUGUACAGAAAUGCUAUGAUUCAUUAUGAUUUAUUUAGCUUUAAUUAUGUGAAAUUGUUCAAUUAAUUAGCAUAAUCUGUAAAAAUAACUUCAUUUUAUCAUUUAAUCCAUUAUUUUGUUUUAAAAACUUUUUAUAUAUUUUUGUAAUAAACAUUUGUGCUCUAUAGAAAAA